GUUUAUGCUUGCCAUACAAAAGUGUUUGACUGCAGACCAGACAUAUAUAACUAUGGCAAAGAGUCUUGUGGCCUCCAAUUUCCCAGGCAAGAUUCUCAGCUUACUUGCUGCCAUGAUUGUAUAUCACAUCAGAAAUUACUCAAGGUACAAUCUUUCAUCUGGUGGAUCUGCAGUUCGAUUUUGGCUGCAGCUUCUUAUAGGUAUCCCAGAGUGGGUACAUGACAGCUCUGUACUCUUUUUACUGGAUACCAUUUGUCAACAGUCAUUCACACACCCGGCUUGCUGGCAAGAAGUUAUAAGAGGAUUCUCCGAAGUCAUGAAAAGCUCUGAAUGUCAACAAAGUGGUGGGGGAGGUGUGAUUGGUUUGCUGUCUUGGUUAACAGCAGGAACUACAGCCCCUCACUCCUUGCUGGUACGGCCUUCUGCCCCACAGUUCCCGUGGUUCACGGUGGCUGUCCUCAUGCUAGAGACACAGCAGGAGUUAUCCUCAGGGCUCUGGAAGAACCUCUUAAUAGAAUUAUUUGCUAAGCCACAAACUACACUUGAAGAAGCUCUUAAGAAAGUAAGCGAUGAUCUAGGCCUUGGGCCAAUCUCCUCCAGUCUGCUGAGCAUUUACCGUUGGGGUCAGCAAGUAGUGGACUUUCCAGCUGACCAUCCUGCCCUCCCAGUCACAUUAAAGAUGUACUUCACACUACACCUAGCUCAUGUUCCUCCACAACCUGGGCAAUAUGAAUGCAGUAGUGUGGUCUCUCGGUUCUAUCAGGGGCUAGUCAAUUCAGCAUUCCUUGGAAAGAUCAAAAAGAAAGUUGCAAGUGCUGUGGAACAUCAUGAAUCUUGCUUAAGACUGGAACCAGAAGAUGAAGAGGAAAUCCUAGAUCCUCAGAUACACUUUUUGAUAUACUGCAAGCAAAAAUUCAUGAUGGUUAAUGUGUCAGAAAAGUGAAUGAUUUUCGCCUGGCUUUGGAACAGAAGAGAGAAGAGUUUGAGAACAAUUGGGAAACAACAAAGAACUGUGAUCACAUAAAUGAAAAUGAACCCAGAUUUAAGAGACAAAAAGUAAAUGUUGAUGUGAAGACGUCAUUCUCACGACUUUAUGUAGAAAUAUAUGACACGAUACUUAACCAGGUUAAUAUCAGAUUUGCAAAUUUGGAUUCAUUAAGAUUCUUAGAGCUGUUACACUCUCCAUCAUUCUGUGAGUUUACUAAGUUUUGGCAUUUCCAGAGCUUGCUUUUCAAUUGCUGAAGUGUAGCUAUGAUAAAUUCUUUUAUUUUUUAGCACUGAAAUCGCAACUUAGAGUUGUUUACAUGUCAGAGGAAUUCAAAGAUAAAACUAUAAAAGAAAUUUUAAGAUUUAUAAAGCUGAAUGACUUGGAAAAGGCUUACAAUGAAGUAUCAAGACUUUGUGAAUUAAUUUUAACAGUUGCAGCAACGACUGCAUCUGUAGAGCGCAGCUUCUCUGCUUUGAAGCGAAUUAAAACUUACUCAAGAAAUUCUCAAGGUCAAGAAAGAUUGCAAAGUUUAGCCCUUCUAUCAAUUGAAAAAUAAUUAUUGCAUAAUCUUGAGAGCAAGCCAGAAUUUUACAUCAAAGUUACUGAUCCUUUUUCUCGUAAGCCAAGAAUAAUUCCAUUGAACUAUGUUUAAAAUGGUAAGUUAAAAUAAUAUAUUGUUAAUUACUUCCUAUUUUAUAAAUAUGCUAAAUGAAUAAUAAAAUGAUAUUAGUAUUCUUACUCCAGCUUCAUCAGAGAUCUUACCAGCGUCAUUUGCUUACCCUAGCAUUUUUCUCACGACACGCCACUGGCUUCACCAUAAGUUAACUAGUCACAACUGGCUAACACCUGUUAAAAUGACAAUUUAUAUCCCACUGCCAUAAUUGUUUAAUUAUCUAUAAAUGCGCGAUAUUGUGUAGCUUUAAAUUUGUUAGGGAAUUUUUCCUUUCCCAGAGAAUUAAAAUAUAAUCGAAGACAUGAUUUGUUUUUUGUCAAUGUUUUAAUCCCACCCAAUUUUAGUGUUUAUUGAUAAUUAAAACGUCACCAUCGGACACAUGAAGCGGUUAUGUUAGGAUUCGCCCAGAUACACUGACGCAAAUGGAAAGAAUAUUUAAAUCAAUAAACGUAAAUUGUACAUUAAAGUUCCCAAAAUGUGUAAAAAUUUAAUUAAUAAUACUGCAAACUGUAAUGUAACCCUAAAUAAAACAUAAAUGAAAGGAAACAAAUUGUCCCCCAAUCUAAAUGACCCCAAAUCCCACCUUUGUUAAUAUAGUACAUGACUAAUCCGCCAUGGCUGCUUCGUUGUUUUCUGCUGCUGUAUCAUGUCACGUCCAGAAAAUAUCUUCAAUAUCACCACAUAGUCAGUUUAUUUGUUUAAUGUACCUGUGAAGUUAGGGAGGGUGGGUAGGUAGGUAGGUAGGUAGGUAGGUGAGUAUGGUUAUGUCUGUCCUUCGUAGCCACCAAUGUUAAGUAGCUUAUAUAUACAAAACAGUGUCCACUGGAAUAUAUCAGUGAAAAUCUGACGUUUUCCUAAUAGUUCUCAACCGAUUUUUGCCUUUCGUUAGUUGUACAUAAUUACCCCCACCUCAAAUGGACGGCAAGAAUAGUAGAACUACCUUGAACGUUACCAAUACGAAUGUAAAAUAUGACCAAAUUUUCUGAAACUCGAAGAAAGACUAAAUAUUAUUUGAAAAUAUGAAUAAAUAUUAAGAAUUUACGUAAGAUACGACUUGUAUAACACGAUAACAUGGCAUUGAAUUAAUCAAAGAAAAGUAACGUGACCCAAUUAUUAUAAUUCAUAAAACUAUUUUAAAAGAAUUAAAGUAGAGAAAAGUAACAAUUCCCAAGCGUAAAGUGACGUUUACUCCACAAGUAAGCAAACUUAACAAACACAGAAGUAACCAAUAUUCAACACGAAAGUAAUAUAUACCUCAAACGAUCGAAUUAUUUCCUUUACACUGUUCCAUUCAAUUAUGUUUUUGCAAAUGCCAAGUAGGUGGAUGACCUAAACAAUCAUUUUACCAAAUUGAUUAUGAGUAAAUCAAAAGCAUUAGUCUACCGGGUAUUUUGAGUUACAAAUUCAGACUCCGUAAAGUUCAAAUGACAUUCACUUCAUGAUAGAUGUUUCACCCUACACACUGAAGCUACUUUAUGUAAGAGGACAAAAUAAGCACCAAAUUGUAUUGUUUAAUACCCAAAGAAGUCAUUGAUCCUAAUAUUUAAUAACGAUUUUUGAGGUAUUACGACCUGGUGGUCGGGACGGAAGACCGUCUUAGGUCCAGGAGAGACUGUAAUACAUUUUCAUAAUUAAACUCGUUGUAUCUCACCUAAAUCACCUAGUUGCUCCACUCAAUUAUAGGUAGAUGUAAUAAAUAUAGAAAGUAUUCACCGGUAUGACUCCAUUUUUCGUUAAUUGUUUUUAUAUUAAAAUUCUUUGACAUUCAAAGAUAAUGAAAAUAUAAUUCUUCAUUAAAUGAGAUAUGCGUACAUUCUAUUGAUGACACCAGAAAUAUGUCAGACUUGACUAAUUAACUGUAACCAGAAAAUAACUUAAGUGAAGUAGUCCUUAAUCCAACAUUAAAAUAUGAAAGACAGUAUACAUUGUUUGAUCUACUGAACUUUAGGGACCCCCCCUGGAGCAACCAACUCAUGGUUUAAUGUAAGUUCAGGCUUAUCAUUGAUCAAAUGAAAAUUUUUUAUGCCCUGGAUCAAGUAAACAUUAGGGACGUCAUGGGUAAAUCGACUUUUCUGACUACCCUGGAAGUACUUCACUUUAGGCCACUCAUGGAUGAACUUAAUUUUCUGCUUGCCACUGUGUAAUAAGAAAUGUUUCAUCUCCCUUAUUGAAAUGUGUACAUACAGUAGUGAAAAAUGUUUGUGAAUUAUGCAAUUGUUAAUUAAAUUAAAGUUUUUGUGUAUUUUCUCAUAUAAUUUGUUGUAAUUGUAGCCUACUUGUGAGAGGUAGCUAAAUGUUGACUUUACAGGGGACAAUAAUUUAGUCCCCCUUAGGUUUAUGUUAUCUACUCGUAUUUUGCUGUCAUUGUUUAAUGACGUUAGUUUCUUGUACUAGUUAAUAGAAAAUAAUCCCAAUAAAUCCAUAGCUGGUUGGCGUAUUGUAAAUUGCUCAAACGUAAUAUUAACUUACCUUUUGCCGCCAUGAGGACACAGUAUCAAAUGUAACUCCUCCCAAAGGCCAACUGUUAUUGAAAUCGCGUGAGCGUACAAGAGACGGCCGGCCCAAUCUUCUUGAUGUUCCAUUUCAUGUUUUAUCAUGUGUUGAAAACAGCCCUGAGACCUUCACACUAAU